AAAGAAUUCCGCUUGGCCUCAUUUAGUGACAGACUCCUUACAAUCUGUCAGUUGAAUGAUUCAUACAGUACCUGCGGAGCUUCAGUCAAGUUUUCCUCAACUAGUAUGCGAGCUCAGGUUUGGUUCGUUUUCAUCCCGUUCCUUGUAAUCCUCUCAUCAUCAAAAGGAAUUCCUGUUACCCAGUCACCGUCUAGAGUACCAAAUCCGACCGGAUCGUUGGAUAAACGAGAGGCAUGCAAAUUCGACUUUGAAAAUGGGCUCCAUGGCUGGGAAAAGACUGGUACAGCUUUCAAUAACCAGCCGACAUACGGUGACAACCCUACAGCUCGGAAUCGGGGACAACCUGCCAAACAGCAAGGGGAUUGGUGGAUUGGGGGUGCCGAGGACAGACCAUCAAUUAUGUCAAAGGCAGGACUACUACAAGGAGACAGACCACAGGGAACCAUCACUUCGCCCUCCUUUGAAAUUAUGGGCAGUCUCAUUGCAUUUCUUAUCGGUGGAGGCUGUGAUAUAAACUCUGUUCGUGCUGAAUUGAUUGUCAAUAACAAGGUUGUGCGAAGAACAACCGGUAAGUGCCAUGAAACAAUGACCCGUCAAUUCUGGUAUGUUCGAGACUUUAUUGGUCAACGUGCUCAAGUCAAAUUGGUUGACUUCAGCUCUCGUGGAUGGGGUCACAUCAACUUUGACGAUCUUGAAGGCGACAUAACCUGCUCAAACCUGGAAAACACUGGAUUGCGUGGGCUGGGCUUUACGACCGAUAUCUUAAAAACCGAUAUCUCUAAAGAAAGCUGCGUGUUCGACUUCGAAGAAGGUAUUGAUAACUGGCAUAGAACCGGUUCAGCGUUUGACAGCCAGCCGACAUACGGUGACAACCCGACAGCUCGUAGGAGAGGACAGCAUGCCAAUCAACAAGGGAACUGGUGGAUUGGAGGAUACGAGAGGCGGCCUUCAAAAUCGGCUCCUGCAGGAUACGGACAAGGAGACGGGCUACAAGGGACUUUAACGACUCCAUCAUUCAUCAUCGGGGGAAAAUACAUUACAUUCUUGAUCGGUGGAGGUUGUAACAUCAAUUCCGUUCGCGCUGAACUGAUUAUUGAUUAUGAGGUUGUCAGAAAAGCGACCGGGGAGUGCCACGAGACAAUGACCCGUAAAUUCUGGGAAGUUGGAGAUUUCAUUGGCCGAACUGCGCAAGUCAAACUGGUGGACUUUAGCUCUGGAAGCUGGGGUCACAUCAACUUUGAUGAUCUGAGAGGCGACAUUACCUGUUCAGCUCCUGAAAACACUGAUAUUCUUGACAAAGCAUUAUGCAGCUUUGACUUUGAAGAAGGACUUGAUGGCUGGGUUAGGACUGGUACAGCAUUUGACAACCAGCCGACCUACGGUGAUAACCCUACAGCUCGGAACCAAAGACAACCUGCCAACCAACACGGGGACUGGUGGAUUGGAGGAUACGAGGACCGACCAUCGAAGUGGGCCACAGCAGGACGAAGUCAGUUGGAUGCACCACAGGGAACUCUUACGUCUCCAACAUUUGACAUACAGGGAAAUUAUAUUUCGUUUCUGAUCGGUGGAGGCUGUGACGUAGACGCCAUUCGUGCUGAGUUAAUAGUCGAUGACAGAGUUGUCAGGAAUGCAACUGGUAAUUGCCACGAGACAAUGACACGAAAAUUCUGGAAUGUUGGAGAUCUUCUCGGUCAUUUUGCACAAGUGCGUCUGGUCGAUUUUAGCUCUGAAGGCUGGGGUCACAUCAACUUUGACGAUAUGAAGGGCAACAUAAUUUGCACGGGCUCUAAUGAAGACAUUGACACUUUCCUUUAAGCCUGCAGGUUCGACUUUGAACACGGAAUAGGGGCCUGGGCUAAAACUGGUACAGUGUUCAAUAACCAGCCAACCUACGGUGACAACUCUGCAGCUCGGUACCAAACACCUGCCAAUCAGCAGGGGGACUGGUGGAUUGGGGGAUUCGAGAACAGACCCUCUAUAUCUUCCCCUAGAGGAAAAGUACAGGGAGACAGGCCACAAGGAACUCUUACCUCCCCAACCUUCAAAAUAAAUGGCAAGUACAUCUCAUUUUUGAUUGGCGGAGGCUGUGAUAUCAAAGUGAUUCGAGCAGAGUUGAUCAUCGGUUCGAAGGUGGUGAAACAAGUCACUGGAAAAUGUCAUGAGACCAUGAUUCGAAGGUUCUGGGAUGUUGGAGCUUACAUUGGCCAAAGUGCGCGCGUCAAACUGGUUGACUUCAGCUCCGGAUCAUGGGGUCAUAUUAAUUUUGAUGAUCUCAAGGGCGACAUAAGCUGCUAGUAACACUGUUUUCUCGAGCUUAGAGGAGUUCAAAUGGAAAAGGGGGGAGUUAAAGGGUAAAUUAACGGUUGUUAAACAUCAAUGUAGUCCUUUUAAAAAUGUGGGAAAUAAAAUCAUCUAACAUGCUAA